GGCUCCUGUCACACCGGCUGGCGGGUUGUGGCGGUGCCAGCCCGCGUGAGCGAGUGUGUGCGCGUUGCCUGCGCCUGCCUGGGCGGGCAGACCCGGAGCAGUAGUGCGAUUCGCCCGGGAGGCGGCUCCGCAGAGGCGUCUUUCUCGCCGACGCCGUGAGGCGGCUUUGCAAACUUGCAGCGGGCUCCGGGCAGCCGAGGACCCGCCGGGGAAGGUGCGGGGCGCGGUGCACACGGAGGGCUGGGGCUGCGGGGCCGGGCCGCGCCUUUGCCCUUGGCCGGCGCCUUGGCGAGCUUCAUGCAGCCCCCGUGCUCGCUGCCGCCUGCAGCAGCCCGGGGCAGGUCCAGGACCCGAACCCCGCGCUCCAGCGCCUGAGCGUCUGCCAGCCGGCGGCGGGAUGUUCCGUGUCGCCUGAGAGCGCCGCGUCCAGGCGCAAGAGGAGCCGGCUCGAGCCAGGCGCCCCGGGAGUCGCGAGAAGCCCUACGCCGCCGCCGGCGCCCGUCUUCCCGGCUCCGCAUGUAGGCCCCGGCACCGCAAGCCCCGGAGUGCGGCGGGGCAGCCAGCCAGCCGCGCUCUUCGGCGGCAGGGGCAUGGAGGAGCGGCGGGCUCCGAGCCGCGCCCCGGAGUCCCUGAAACUUCCGAGCAGGCGCCCAAUCGCGCCUCUGCCGCCGCCGCCACCGCCACCUCACCUGCCGGCUUGAGAGCGGGACCAUGGAUGAAAGGUUCAACAAGUGGCUGCUGACGCCGGUGCUCACUCUCCUCUUCGUGGUCAUCAUGUACCAGUACGUGUCCCCUUCCUGCACCAGCUCCUGCACCAACUUCGGGGAGCAGCCCCGUGUUGGGGAGGCCCGCCCGCCCGCCGCUCCGAGUCCUGCUCAGCGGGCUCAGGCGCCCCCCGAUGAGUGGGAGCGGCGGCCCCAGCUGCCUCCACCACCCCGGGGACCCCCUGAGGGGCCUCAAGGGGUCGCGGCUCCAGAGGAUGAGGAUGAGGAUCCCGGGGACCCCGGGGAAGAAGAGGAGGAAGAGGAGGAGGAGCCCGAUCCCGAGGCGCCCGAAAACGGCUCCCUGCCCCGGUUCGUGCCGCGCUUCAACUUCACCCUGAAGGACCUGACCCGCUUCGUGGACUUCAACAUCAAAGGGCGCGACGUGAUAGUGUUUCUACACAUCCAAAAGACGGGGGGCACCACGUUCGGCCGGCACCUGGUGAAGAAUAUUCGCCUGGAGCAGCCGUGUAGCUGCAAAGCUGGCCAGAAAAAGUGCACCUGCCACCGGCCGGGAAAGAAGGAGACCUGGCUCUUCUCCCGCUUCUCCACCGGCUGGAGCUGCGGGCUGCACGCCGACUGGACCGAGCUCACCAACUGCGUGCCGGCCAUCAUGGAGAAGAAGGAUUGUCCCCGAAACCAUAGCCACACCAGGAACUUCUACUACAUCACCAUGUUGCGGGACCCUGUGUCGCGUUACCUGAGCGAGUGGAAACACGUCCAGAGAGGGGCCACAUGGAAAACCUCUCUCCAUAUGUGUGAUGGAAGGAGCCCCACCCCGGAUGAGCUGCCUACCUGCUACCCAGGGGAUGACUGGUCUGGGGUCAGCUUGCGGGAGUUCAUGGAUUGCAGCUACAAUUUAGCCAACAACCGGCAGGUGCGCAUGCUCGCUGACCUCAGCCUGGUGGGCUGCUACAACUUGACUUUCAUGAACGAGAGCGAGCGAAGUACCAUCCUGCUGCAGAGCGCAAAGAACAACCUGAAGAACAUGGCCUUCUUCGGGCUCACUGAAUUCCAAAGGAAGACACAGUUUCUCUUUGAGAGGACAUUCAAUCUGAAGUUCAUCUCCCCUUUCACACAGUUCAACAUCACACGGGCUUCCAAUGUGGACAUCAACGAGGGAGCCCGUCAGCAUAUCGAGGAGUUGAACUUCCUGGACAUGCAGCUCUAUGAAUAUGCAAAAGAUCUCUUCCAGCAACGCUACCAUCACACCAAACAGCUAGAACACCAGAGGGACCGCCAAAAGCGGCGUGAGGAGCGCAGGCUGCAGCGAGAACACGGAGCGCAUCGGUGGCCCAAAGAGGAUGGGGCCACAGAGGGGACGGUCACUGAGGACUACAACAGCCAGGUGGUUAGAUGGUGACCCUCUGCCUGCUCCUUUUUCAUGACGGGGAGACAAGCAGGCACCUUGUCCUUCUGUUAGAUUCCAUUGAAGAAACCGGGUCAUGCUGAGGACCCCUGGCUAUGUGUGACUUAAUUCGGAUGUCUGCUUCCUCUUCUUCUUCUUCAAUCCAACUGGAAACUUGCCAUCUUGUUUAUUAUUGUUUUUCUUUUUCUAGACUUUUUCUGAUCACUGAUAUAUUUGGGGUGGAAAUGUAUCCAAAAGACCACUUUAAGUUGUCAGAAGCGAGGCCUCAGAAAUGAGACAGUGUGUAGGAUCUUUGUCAGUCACAUGGGUCAUUUGGGAAUCUGGAACCCACAGUAGUACACAGGAAAACCAAAGUCAUGGCUUGGAUUCUCUUCCGAAUGCAUCAUGAUGCACCCAAUAGAACACUGCUCUGUUUAGAGAUAGAAAGACGCUCUCCCCUUAAAUGACCCUUCUCAUUCAGUGUUGAAUUUGGGAGCUGUUAAGACAAGGGUUAAAUCAUGAAUGAUGUGGUUUGUCUCUGCAGACGUUUUUAAACAAAAUUACUAUAUUACUGACCACAGCUAGGGACUCCUAGCCUACAAACUCCAACAUCAGAGCCCUAAACCCUCGGUCAACUCUCUCUUUUAGGGGAUAGGGAAAGAACAGAAUGUUGGCUUGGUUAUGGCCCUGAGAAAUAAACACUGGUAGGACAUUUUGGGGAGGGGGGGCACACUUAUUUAUUAAUGACUAAGGAGAUUGCACUUUACUGGUGUUAAUCCCUCAGGCAAAGAAUGAACAAAAAAUUAAGAGAGUGUGGGCAAAGAAACCAGGAGAAAACCUCCAUUAAACCAGCUGUAGAGCCUUAGUUACGUUGAAAGAACAUCAGACUCGUGCCUUUGGGGAGCAGACACCUUCUCAGUCAAGUUCAAAUUCUGCUGUUACAAAGGAAAGAUGUUUUCAAAACCCUUGACUUAAACAACAGGAGCUGAAACAACGAGGACAUACACUCCAUUCCAAGUCAAUGCUUGAGAGGCACCAGGAGACACAGCAUGGUGUCCAUGAGACAGUUAGCCCAGGAGUUCAGAGGGACCCUGCCCCUGACAUUUCCAGUGACUUUAAACCACUCCCUUCCCAUGUGAUCCUUGCCUGUUCUGUGACUACAACCAGAGAACCAAAUUACAGUGCACAAACUGGGCCAAAAAAUAAGUCCUUUCCCUAGGUUCCUCAGUUUGGCCCUUCCCAAGCCCCAACAACAGUCUCUUCUGUGGGAAGGGAUGGGAAGGAGGGAGUAGAAAGCCCUGCCUCCCUUACAGCGGAAGGUCAGAGUGGGUGGAGAGUUUUACAAGGAGCUGAUAAGAUCAGUCCUUUAAAGCAGCUGAAGGCCAAAAGCUCUAGUCCCAGGAAUCAGGCUGCAAAGCCUCUUUCACUGAUGCCCUGCAUGCUUGAUGUUUAAGCCAGAUUUACGUCAGUCACUUCUCAGCCUUAGAAAGUCCUUUCUUGGACUGAAAGGCCACCCUCUCCCAGUGUUUGUGGGUUGUCUGCUGCAAGGGAGCCUAGUGUCUUUUGUAGAUUCCCAUAGAGAAGUGGCUUUGAGGUUUCUCUCGCUGUGGUUGACAUCAUUGGAUGGCCUUCCUGUAACAUGCGUGUUCUAAGGGAAUCCCCACGCUGUGCUUACUAUGUUAUUCAGCAUAAUGAGGCAGACAUUGCUGGUCCUCACUAUCUAGUAAGAAGAUGAAGCCCGCAGAUGGGAUGAGGCUUCCCUGGGGACUAUCAGGUGGACCAAGCAGGCCAGAAAGCACAAGAUCUGUAUUUGCAUAGUGCUUCCCACAUGGGAUAAAUCUUUCUGCCAAUCAUAUAAGAAGCCAGAUGCUAUGACUCUGAAGUAUUUGCUCCUGGUCUGCAGAGGUGGCAUAAAGUGACCCCACUGCCCUUUCAGUGAUUCCAGUGGCCCUGAGCCCUUCUCCCUGAGGGGCAGUUCCUCCCCCACCCCCGCCCCCUCAUCCCUGUCUCACUAGUGAGCUGAGAGGUGGCUGACUUCUUCAUCAGCCAUAGAUGUUGAGUUACACACAAUAGUAAAUUUAAAGUGAACAAUUAGCUCUGGCUUUUUAAUUGGGAGAGAUGAGAUAGAGCUGUGUCUCCUUAGGAUGAUUUGCUACAGAGGAGGCAGGAAAAAGGGGAAGGGCAGGAAUGGAUGAGAAUAUAUCAUUUGUUAAGAUUUCCUGUUCUGCCAGGAAUGGAAACCAGAAAAUUGUGCCUCUGCUGUCAGCUGUGGCGCACGUAUACAUAUGUGAAACACACACCUCGGCACAUUUUCAAAUGGGAAACCAUUUGAAAAAACUAGAAAGCAGUAGAUUUAUUCUUUAAACUCACUUUACAUUUUUGUUAAGGAAUCUACGGAGGCAGGCUCUGCUCAUAUCAAAAGGCUUUCUGCCACCUCACUGCUGAGUGUAGGCCGCAUGGCCCUCCCUUCCCUGGAGAGCAGACAGCAGGAUGAUGUGAGGAGGAGAAACCACCUCUGUGUUGGCCCCAGGCCAGUGCUAAGUAAACCGGAGAGACUAGCAUGGCCUUCCUUGCUCGGUUAGCUCCCUUAGGAAGCACUGCAGUUGUCCAUGUCCCCAGGACACGGAGAAAUGGGGUGGAGCUAAUUCCCUGAAAACUGGCUGCACAGCUCCAUGCUGGCUGACGCUGCAGGAAGAGAUGACAGAGGCAGGCACAGGAAGCUAGGGACACCUGGCAGCUCGUCGGCCUUCAGGUCUCAAACCACAUCAACUCCAGCUCCAUAGAGGAAAAACAACCCCUAGGUAAUUCCACUUCUUGUGGGCUCCUCCAAUUCCCAGGCAGGUUCUUCUCCCUUCUCUUGUCAGUAGCAGCACAAGACAGUGGAAUGGAAUAUAUAUGAUGCUUGUGUCUGUGUGUGUGUCCCCAUGUGUGUAUGUGUAUGUGUGUGUGUUUGUGUGUCUGUGUUCACAUUUUGCAGAAUGUAUAGGGAGGGAAGUGUGUUUACAUAUUGUGAGGUUCCAUAUGUGUGAUUUGUCUUUCUGCCUGUCUGGUCACACUUUUUAGUUGUGUGUUGUGUGUCGCACACAUUGUUCAUAUCUUGGUAGGAACUAAGAUAGACACUUUUUUUUUUUAAAUCUCCUCCAGCUUCCUAGAAGCCUAAUCUAAAUACUGGAGAAAAUAAUUGAUGAUCUUACCAAUCAAAUUUGACAACACUUAAGGAAAAUUAUGAGUUACUGAAAACCUAAUCAAAUAUUUGAACUAAAAAUCUUCAUUUGAUCAGACCACUAACGUAAUAGUUUUCGAAGUCUGGAUGGAGAGGGGUCUAACCCUCUCUUAUUGCUUCUUCAUUCUAAGACAGAGCAUCUACCUCCUGGCCAAAUGUAUCUGCUUUAUCCACAGCCAUCUUGUUUGUACUUGAGGCAGUGGAGGGAAGCCCAGGGAAUUGCAGACACUACUUACGGUCAUGUCCCAUUGGCUGGAAUCUAGAUAUCAGCUGCAUCUAGUUGCAGAGAAGACUAGAAAAUGUCUUUCUUACUCAGUGCCGGCUGUCAUGAUAAGUGAGGGGAGCCCUAUUGUUAAAGAAAUGAUGGAGAAUUAAUACUGAUAGAAAACUACCAGUCCCCAAUACAAAAGGAAGUGGGGGAAAAUGCCAAGUCCCUUUCAAUAUCAAUUAUUUUCUCAUCAGCUUUACAAAGGAUGAGAUUAAAAUUUACCCUGUCAGCAUUUAAUGCUUUUCCAAACAUUUUAGCAUGGUAUCUCGCUUGGCCUGCCUCACACUCUUGUGCACUGGCUGGCAUUUCUGCUCCCUCACGUUUGAUCAUUUUGAAUGAAGAUUCAGAGAUGUUGGAAGAUCCCCCUAGCUUUCGUUCAUUUGUAAGGAAGUUGCCUAGAGUCCGUGGUCUCUUGGCCUCAACUUUUCCUAAUACCGAGUGCUACUUGGCAUCAGUAUCGGGACUGGGAAUUGCAAGAAGGUAAAAGCUAAAUCUUUAUUGAUUUCUGUCCUCCUUCCCCUUGUUGUGCAGCUGCAGUGACCUAGAAAAUACUAUGGACAGGUGCAGUAGACUCUCAGUUCUGCCCCCAGUGAAGGGCCCUCUGACUUAAAUGAAAAGUUCAGGUAGAGAGUUGUACAAAGGGAGUCUGAGAAAAGCACAUGAAUUCAGGGGAGACACUCAAAUAUCCAUAGCCGGAUGUCGACUCUGUUCCUUUCUCAAACUCUCCAACAUGGAGACUAGGGAUAAGCUCACAACUCCAGUGGGAUGCACAACAUUCAAGAAAUUCCGAACCAGUAUCUGCCUGUUGGGAAAGCUUAGGGGUGAUCAAUAGGACCUCUGCCUCCCUCUCUCUGCUUUUCCCCAGGUCCCUGGUAUUCUAUCAGCAGCAAGUUGUUAGAGUUCUUAUGUUUUCUUGGUAUUCGCUGAGCUCCUUUGCCCACUGCUGGAGGUUGAAACACCUUAAGCUGUAAUAAGUAAGCAACUUCACCCAGUCUAUCCCAUCCCUUCCCAGACGUGUCACCUGGCUGUGAAGAGUGUCAAAAAGGGAUCACACAGACACAGAGGACAAGAGACAAGAGAGCAGCUAUAGAGGAAAGUAGGGCUCCGAGAGACAGACCACCCAGAGGAAGAUGACAGUGAACAUAUGUGCCAGUCCAUAGUGGAAUAUAGCAACAUGGUAGAGACACAGUUUGGGUCCUUAGGAUAAAAGGCAGCCCAGAAACACGUGACUUAAUUCUUCUACCCACUUAGGAGAGCAUAAGAGGGGGUGCACCCAUGGGAUAGAAUCAGAGCCUUGGGGAGACUUGGGAGUCCCAGACUGACUAGGGUGGAAUUAAACAGAGCUGUAUUCGACUUCAUCUGAAAGCCUCCAGCCUGGGUAGCGGGCUAGCCGAGGCUGCCAAUGCUAUCCAGGUCAUGACUUCUGAGGAUCACGCAGCUGCUCCUUCUCUCAACCCUUUUGGCUUCCCUUUUCAUCCUGUUCUAUCUCUACUGCACACUAGCCGAUGUCAGUUCUGUUCUCACCAUAUUCACCAGGACACAUCUGGGUGGAUUCUCUGAAGCUGAACGAGCCCUCCAGGGCAGGUAGGGGCAUUCUGAGUUUCGUUACCUCCUGGAGAGAACAGACACGGACCCAUCUUCACAGUCUGUUGGCAGAACUGGCCUCCGCUGCUGAGGUGCUGAGAAUCCUGAGGACUGGCCUGUCAUGAACACCAGAGUGGUUGCAAGUCUCUGCACUUCUGGGCCAGGACCAGGGGUAGCCUGAUGGAGUACUGAGAUGCUGAAUCUGCAGACACUAGCAUGUGGGUGCUUCUGGAACCUGUCUUCUUCAACAUCUACAGGACAGACGACCACUGUCCACUUUCAGCGACCUGAGGGCGGCUCUGUAAGAACCACAUUCUGACUCACUGUGGGAACUCCUGAAAGGCCAGAGAUUCUGGCCACACAUCCUCAGCCCUUGCUGAGAAAACACUGUCCUGACAGGCAGUUCUGUGUGACUUAGCCAUGAUCACACAUCUUCCAUCUCCUUCUCAUGCUUUCUUUGAAUCAUGUGACCAAGAGUUUUCUCCCAGAAAUACUUUCUGGGUUUUGCUUGCAUUUUGUUCUUCUUCUUUUUUUUCAAUGUAUCAAAUCAAUGUUAGAAAAAUCUAAAUCUUUAUCUGGUGCCCCAUUCUAGAUAUAAGAUAGUUAUUCAAUAGAUGCAGAUUAUUUCCUCUAGGAGGUGUUUCUUCUUCUGUUUCUGUGCAGUAUGUAUGAACUUGGUUAUUAGGAGAUUAUAUUGUGACAUUACCAACUUUAUUGCUGUUUAAAAAUGAUAGUUUGUAGACCUGAGGAUUCCCGUGGAUGUGAAGCACAAUUUAAUGGAUAAGUUAACAUAUUAAACUGUUGUGAUG